AUGGUUGGUGUGGGACAACGCAGGAAAGUACAAAAGCAGGGACCCGAUUGCAAUUUGCCGAUUGCAAUAAAAGAAAAAGUGGUAAUAGUUACUAUGUGCAUGGCUUAUUGGGUAGUCGUAUGUCAGUGGUGGCCCACGACAGAUCUUAUCCAGACACCUGCUGUUGGGGCACGGACAUGCCUUACAACAGAAGAGUGCCUCCUGAAUAAAAACAGAAACCCUGGUUUAACCAAAGCACAGAUUGAAGAGGAGCUCAAAGCAUAUCUUGGAGUUACGAAGAUCAUAUGGUUGCCUCGUGGGUUGUAUGUUUAUGAGAUGGUUUGA